AUGCAGAACCUGGCCAAUGAUCAUUCCAGAUACCUGCAAACCUUUGAGCUGCUGUUGGCGAAUUCAGCCGAACACCAGUGCAUGAAAGAGUUCAUCCAUUUGACGCUCCCAGACAUCCUGGCCAGCAUCGGAGCAGGAGAACCCACUCUAAACGUGAUGGGAGUGGGAAGCGGAUCAGGUGAGAUCGAUCUGGAAAUUAUCAAAGUGCUGCAUGAAAAGCAUCCAAAAGCCAAAGUGGACAAUGAGGUGGUGGAACCCAGCAAGGAAAUGCUUAACAAAUAUAAGACUUUAAUAUCGAAGAUGCCAGGCCUUGAUUAUAUCACCUCCAGAUGGAAUACAAUGACUGCGACGGCGUUCGAGAAGGAAUGGAAGAUGAGAAACACUGACAAAAAGAUGCACUUGAUUAAUCUGAUUCAGAUGCUGUACUAUGUGGAGGAUCCGGGGGCCACGGUUUCCUUCUACCGGAGUUUACUGCACAAAGACGGCAAAGCAUUGGUCAUUCUGCUCGCAGGUGAAUGUUCAUGGGCCAGGCUAGUGUCAACCUUCCACGAUCAGCUGUGGGACAACAAAACAAACCAGGACCUUUCAAGCAAAGACCUCAAGAUCUUUCUGGAUUCCAAAAAAAUCCCCUACCGAAACUACAAGUUGAAGUCCCUGUUGGACAUCACCGAGUGUUUCACACCUGGAAAUGAAAAAGGAGAGCGGAUACUGGACCUCCUGACCGAGGUGGUCGAGUUCAGUAAGAGCGCUCCUCCGGAGCUGAAGGAGGCAGUGCUGGAUUUUCUUAAACAUCCAGACAACAGUCAAGAAGUGAACGGCAGGUACCUGUUCGAUUGCAGCACGGAGGCCUUGCUGAUCGACGCGUAG